AUGGUCUAUGGGAUAACAAGGAGAAUAGAUACAAUUGAUCAUGAACUUAAACAAUCACCCAUUCUCUUAAAGACAACUGCAUUGCCAGAUAUUACAGUUAAUAAUAAUAAUAAUAAUAAUAAUAAUAGUAGUAGUAUCAAUAGUUGUAAUAAUAAUAACAUUAAUAGUAAUAGUAAUAGAGUCAUUGAUAACAAUGAAGAAGAGGAGGAUAAUGAAGCAUGCACAGCAUCUAUUGUGGAGAUAGAUGUUAUGGGUGACAACAACAAUGACGAUGAAAGAGAACAACAACAACUAUUACAAUCAUCAACAUUAUCACCAAACAAUAUACUACUACAUAGCAAUAACACUUUACCCAACAUUAAUACACCAACAACACCAACACCAACAACAACAACAUCAUCAUCCAAUAUUACCACCACUCUGCUACUGCUCACGACAACCGUGACACUGAUAGCAUGUAUAUUAUACUUCUCAAAGAACCUGCUCUCAUUCCUGGAGAUGGUCGAGAACCUGGGCCUGAUGGGCAACGUCAUCUUUGUGCUCUCGUAUCUGCCCACAGGCAUCCCCCUUGCACUCUUUAGUCUGUACAUCCCGCUGACGUUCUCGGCGGGCUUUGUCUAUGGCUUCAUGCACGGUCUCAUCACUGUGAUGGUGGGCAGCGUGCUGUCUGCCGCCGCCGGUUUCUGGUUGACACGCAAGAUCAGUCUGCGGUGGUUCGAGUCAAAGAUAGAGUCCAGUCAGCGACUGUCCUCUCUGCGCUCAAUGGUCGAGCACCAUCCCUUCAAGAUCAUCAUCAUAAUGCGAAUGUUACCAAUCCCCUUUGGACUCCAGAAUGGUCUUUGUGCGAUGACUCGAAUAUCAUUCUCAACAUUUAUAUACUCAUCAGCCAUUGGAUUGGUACCAGAGAAUAGCUUGUUUGUCUACAUUGGCACGACGCUAAAGACGAUCUCGGACAUCACUGGCGAUAAUAAGAACCCAUUCUCUUACUACCAACAGAUACUGUUGGUGUUUGCAAUCAUUGGAGGCAUCGUUCUGUCGGUGGUGGGCAAGAGAUUGCUCCACUCCUCAUCCUCCCUACUACACACUCCCAGCAUAACGAUCAGCAGCAAUACGCAUGAGCCAACGAUCAAUGGACAGAAGGAGCUAGAGACCAGUCGUGAUAUUAUCCUGACCAUCAAGUCUACUCAAUCAAUGUCUUCAUCGUCGUCCUCGCCGUCGUCGUCAGGCGCCAACAGCACAACUCCUCCACAACAAACCAAGUACAUACCCUACAAGGAGCGUAUCGAA